GCUCCAUCCAACCGGUUUCGUGCGCUCAGUGGAAAGAGGAAAGAGAAGAGUGUCGGCUGGAAUCUAACUUGAACACUUAGUAAAACGUCCGCAGACAGCGCUUCAAACAUGGCCAAGCCGUUGACAGACCAGGACAAGAGGAAGCAGAUCUCCGUCCGGGGGCUGGCCGGGGUGGAAAACGUUGCGGACCUGAAAACUAAUUUCAACCGACACCUUCACUUCACCCUUGUAAAAGACCGGAAUGUGGCUACGAAGCGGGACUACUACUUCGCCCUGGCUAACACAGUCCGGGACCAUCUGGUGGGCCGCUGGAUCCGGACACAGCAGCAUUACUAUGAGAAAGACCCCAAACGUGUCUACUACCUCUCUCUGGAGUUUUAUAUGGGCCGGACUCUGCAGAACACCAUGGUUAACCUGGCCUUGGAGAAUGCCUGUGAUGAAGCCACAUACCAGCUGGGUCUGGACAUGGAGGAGCUGCAGGACAUUGAAGAAGAUGCUGGCCUAGGCAACGGAGGGCUGGGUCGCCUGGCAGCUUGUUUCCUGGACUCUAUGGCCUCUCUGGGUCUGGCAGCUUAUGGUUAUGGCAUCCGCUACGAGUUUGGCAUCUUCAAUCAGAAAAUCAUGAAUGGCUGGCAGGUGGAAGAAGCUGAUGACUGGCUGCGUUAUGGUAAUCCUUGGGAGAAGGCUCGUCCUGAGUAUAUGCGCCCAGUCCACUUCUAUGGUCGGGUUGAGCACACAGCUGAAGGAGUAAAAUGGGUCGACACGCAGGUGGUUCUGGCUCUUCCCUAUGACACUCCUGUCCCUGGCUACAGAAACAACAUUGUCAACACCAUGAGACUGUGGUCUGCUAAGGCCCCCUGUGACUUUAACCUGAAAGACUUUAAUGUUGGUGGCUACAUCCAAGCUGUGCUGGAUAGAAACCUGGCAGAGAACAUUUCCCGAGUCCUCUACCCCAAUGACAACUUCUUUGAGGGGAAGGAGCUGCGUCUAAAGCAGGAGUACUUUGUGGUAGCAGCAACUCUUCAAGACAUCAUCCGUCGAUUCAAAGCCUCCAAGUUUGGCUCCACAGAGUUUGUGCGAUUGGACCUUUCUACACUGCCAGAUAAGGUGGCCAUCCAGCUUAAUGACACUCACCCUGCUCUAGCUAUCCCUGAGCUAAUGAGGAUCCUGGUGGAUACUGAGAAACUCAGUUGGGAGAAGGCCUGGGACAUUGUGGUGCGUACCUGUGCCUACACCAACCACACAGUCCUGCCUGAAGCACUGGAACGCUGGCCUGUCGACCUCUUCCAAAACCUGCUGCCUCGACACCUGGAGAUCGUCUAUGAGAUCAACAGGAGACACCUGGAGCGCAUCACAAAACUUUACCCUGGAGACGUUGACCGUCUGCGCAGAAUGUCCCUGAUUGAAGAAGGGGAUGUCAAGAAAAUCAACAUGGCUCACUUGUGCAUUGUGGGGUCUCAUGCUGUCAACGGAGUGGCUCGCAUCCACUCUGAAAUCAUCAAAAACACUGUGUUCAAGGAUUUCUACGACGUCGACCCUGAGAAGUUUCAGAACAAGACCAAUGGUAUCACACCCAGGCGCUGGCUGGUCAUGUGCAACCCAGGCCUGGCUGAGGUCAUCGCUGAGAGGAUUGGAGAGGAUUAUAUCCGUGAUCUGGACCAGCUGAAGAAGCUUCUGGACUUUGUGAACGAUGAUGCCUUCAUUCGGGACGUUGCCAAAGUCAAACAAGAGAACAAGAUGAAGUUUGCUGCCUAUCUUGAAGAGCACUACAAGGUGAAGAUAAACUCCAACUCCAUGUUUGACGUUCAGGUGAAGAGGAUCCACGAGUACAAAAGACAGCUGCUCAACUGCCUGCACAUCAUCACACUGUACAACCGCAUCAAGAAGGAGCCCAGCAAGUCGUGGACUCCCAGGACUAUCAUGAUUGGAGGAAAGGCAGCUCCAGGUUACCACACUGCCAAGAUGAUCAUCAAGCUGAUCACAUCAAUUGGAGAUAUUGUCAAUAAUGACCCUGUGGUGGGAGAUCGUCUUAAGGUCAUCUUCCUGGAGAACUACCGGGUCACUUUAGCUGAGAAGGUUAUCCCUGCAGCUGAUCUGUCAGAGCAGAUCUCCACAGCUGGCACUGAGGCCUCUGGCACUGGGAACAUGAAGUUCAUGUUGAAUGGUGCUCUCACCAUUGGUACCAUGGAUGGAGCCAAUGUGGAGAUGGCAGAGGAGGCUGGAGAGGAGAACCUCUUCAUUUUUGGCAUGAGGGUGGACGAUGUGGAGGCUAUGGACAAGAAGGGCUAUGAUGCUGCGUCAUACUACAAUCGCAUCCCUGAGCUUAAGCAGGCAGUGGACCAGAUAUCAGGAGGUUUCUUCAGCCCCACACAGCCUGGCCUCUUCAAAGACCUCAUCAAUAUGCUGAUGCACCACGACAGGUUCAAGGUGUUUGCAGACUAUGAAGACUAUAUCAAAAGUCAAGAGAAAGUCAGCACUCUUUACAAGAACCCCAAAGAGUGGACAAAGAUGGUUAUCCAUAACAUCGCGGGCUGCGGUAAAUUCUCCAGUGACCGCACAAUCUCCCAGUAUGCCAGGGAGAUCUGGGGAAUGGAACCAACUUUGGACAAAAUUGCUGCUCCAGAUGAUCCUCGCUAAACUGCAACACUUGCCUCCUUCACAUCACUGUGUAGCUCAGAGAUGACUCCUGUAGUUUUUUCAGUGUGGCAUUAUUUCUUUACUUUGCCCUGUCCUGUAUAGCAUCUACUGCUUCCACUUCAUCUUGCACUAACAUGUCAAAAUGGGCUAUUUAUUAACUGUUUAGUUUUCUUUCUCUGCACCAGCAACACAUAUCCUCACUGUUAGGUAAAAACCUUGUGUCUCCUUGGAGACUUUGGAAUGAAAUAAAAACCAGUUUAUUUAUAUCACAUAUUUAAAACAACCUCAGUUGACCAAAGUGCUAAACAAGUGAUCAGAUAGGCAGCAACUAAAAUAUGUGUAAAACGCAAGGCAGGAUUAAACUCGAUUUAUGAAGCAAAAUGAAAUGGUAUAAAAUACUGAAACAAGGCAAAAUACGAUAGCAGGUUGUAAGAGCUUCUGAGAUAAAAUAGAUCCAAAAUAAAGUGAAAGAGGAUACAUUUCUUCUAUAAUUCAUUCAUAUAAUUCAUCAAUUGAGCUUUUGGAAUUUACCCAUUGUCAUUAUGGCCUUUUGAAACUCAACAGUAAGAACUCGAGACUGCUGCAAACUGUGAUACCAUAGUGACCUCUCAAACACAAGAUUUCCGCUCUAAAACAUACCCUGCAAAGUCUUCUAUUGUUUCUCUAAAUGGGACCAUAGUUUAUCCAAUAAAUAUGUAUUUAUAAAGUCUUGAAGCUAGUGGUUAGUGACUGAAACCAUAAAUUCAGAAAUCUUUGCUGAGGUAACAAAGUAAGUGAGAAGAAGGGUUAUUUCCUCAGAGACUUCUAUGUCAAUAGGAUGAGAAGUCAUCCUCUACUAGCUGAAAGAAAAUGCAGGUUUAAGGCACUUCCACAUUGGCUCCACUUUUCAAAACUGAGGCCGUGUCCAUCUUUUCUAUGCAGUCUAUAGUGAGAUAGAAAAAAAUAAACCACAGAGCUUUAAAAAAAAAAAAAAAACUACCUUCAUGAGAAUUCUUCAGUUACAAUGGAAACAUUAAAUAUACUCCUUCAUUUUGCUGUUGUGUGCAGUAGCACCCUAAAUCCUAAAAGGUCUUGUUGCUGAUGUUUAGAAAAUCUCGGAAGUCUUUAGAAAUUUGGGAUUUUUCAAAAAAAAAAAAACAUGGCAAAAUUAGAAAUGUAUCUUUAACCAAAUUUGGACAUUUUAACCAAGAUUUAAAUAUCAUUCCCCUUCUACUGCUUAGUCUGUAUGGCUACUUAAAGCCAGCAUAUAUGCAGAUAAACCUCAGCACUGUUAUGGUUCUAAACUGGUCAUGUCUUCCAUGGAAGAGGGAACCCAGUGGUCAGUGUGAACCACAGCCUUACAGUAACACUGUGACUAGUGUGAUAGUGUUGGAGGAAGGUCAUGUGUCCAUAUUUGCAGCACAUUAAUGUUCAUACCAACAUUUCAUAGUAAAAUACUCCUUGACUUCUCUCAGUGUUUUAUAGUGUUAUCUGAAUGUAUCCAUCUGUGUGUGUAUUUUUAGUAUUGUUAAUGAUCUGGGAGCCCUGCAAUGUAGCUAUGAAUUUACAUGUUAUCUCCUGAGCAUGUUUGCGUGUCUCCUUCCUGUACUUCCUGUUCCGAAAAGUGACCUGUGAUAGAAGAUAACAAAGCCUUCUCUGCCUAAAACCUAAGUGACUAAAUUUAUCUUUGGAAGAUAUGUGUGUUCUCUGCUGUACUUCUGUGUGUAAUAUUGAUGAGUCAAUGAAACUAUGGAUUUGUGCUCCAUUGAUGUACUGUAACAGCAUUCUGUCCUCCUUCAGCUACUGCACAUGACUGACUGCUGUGGUGCUGCAGAAACAGCUGUCCGCUACACUGAACCCAACACUGUCACUGUCACUUCCUUCUUUAGUCAAUAAAUGAGAAACAUCAGCAGUUCACUA